AACCGGCCAAUCAGAGCACGGCGGCCGCGUCACGGGAGCUAAUCGAGGAAUAAAAACAAACCCGUCAGGAGGCGAAUGGAAGAUGUGUGAAGGAUCGCGUCUCUCUGUCGAGUUUCUCUCGGUCAAGCGCGCGUCGGCAUCCAGAAGAGAUGGAGGCGAUGGGGUCCGGAGCCGGAGCCCAAGCUGAGGAGGCCCAGGUCCACUCGGCCAUGCUGUGGAGCAUCCAGGAGGCCGUUCAGAGGCAGACGCUGCAGAUCGGGGCCUCGGCGUGCGGAGCCACAGCGGUGGUGGACGUCCUGCAGGCGCUGGGCAUCACAGUGACUCCGGAGACGGUGGAUCACUGCGUCCGGACGAGUCUGAGGAGGAACCAGGCGCCGCUGCAUGAUUACCUGCACUCCCGCAGCCAGGCCGGGGCCACACACCUGCAGCUGGUCUCCGGGGCCCAGCAGGCCAGCGGGGGCCGAGUCGUGGGCCGCUUCUUUGGGCUGUAUCCUCGGCGGAGGCUGAAGCUGGUGCCCUGGUUAGCUCGCUGGAUUCGUCGAGGAGCCGUUCCCAUCGCCACCAUGAACAUGCAGCGGGCCGUUCCUGAAGGAGAAGAGAUUCCUGACGCCUGGCAUCACCAGCUCAUCUUCGGAGUCGCACCCGGAGCUGUGUUCAUGACCAACCCGCUGGACGUGGUGAGUGAAGAGGAGGUUCACGAGCGUCUCUGCAGCGAGUCUGUGCUGCUCGUUCGGCGUGAAGACGUCCUGAAGAGACUGACGCCAGACGCCCAUCUAUCACAGAUCUCAGAUCAGCAUCCCGACCUGCGCUGGAAGGCGUUACACGUGGAGGAUCAGGUCAGGCAGAUGAUCGGCGAGGAAGAGCGGAAGGACGAAGAGCGUCCGAAGACCAUGCACCUGAUGAUUCCCGCGGCGUACAGCUCUGGGGUCACUUUCUUCGCUCCGAGGGACUCGGAUGUUGCUCAGGAGCUUCUCAGCAGCUCGGAUCUGCCUCUGCUCUGAUUCGACGUCAUCAGAUCAGCGCUUCAUUAAGUUAUUCUUGACAUCGGAUCAGUAUUCAUGUCUGUUUUUAUUCCUGGGUUUUUAAAUAGAUGUUGUUGUUUUGUGUUGAGAGUGAUUUGUGUGUGCUUUAAUGGUUGACGGCAUCGUGUUUAUCAAAUAAAAAGCACAAAACGUA